AAAUGUGUUUCCGCUGACCUAAAGUUGUUUUGGAAGGAAAGCAAGAAGUGUGAAAACAAUCGAACCUUCAUGGAUUAAACACCAAACCGUUCUCAUCCUUGAUCGCCGUGGAAAUGUAAUUUAUUGUCACCACUAGUUUUUGAUCACUUGAAUGAAUGGGUUGGCGGAGCUGGCUUCGUCCCGCCUUAUUCUUUUCAUAUUUUCUAUUAUUGUGUGUCGCUCUCCCUCUCUCUGUUUGGGAGCUCCACAAACUAGAUGCCUCUACUCACGUCGAAGCUUGGUUCAUAGCAGGCUGUUUCGUGUUUCUAACAAUUCCCAUAUCACUAUGGGGGAUUGUUCAACACAUGGUUAACUACAACAAGCCCGAUCUUCAGCGUAGAAUAGUAAGAAUACUAUGGAUGGUUCCUAUUUACUCCAUUGACAGUUGGCUGGGUCUACGCUUUCCCAAAGCGGCCAUCUAUCUUGACUCUUUGCGUGAAUGCUAUGAAGCAUACGUCAUCUAUAAUUUCAUCACACUGCUCCUAGCUUUCCUUGCCAUGGAGUGCGAUCUUGACAUUGUCAUGAUGGGAAAACCCCCCAUUGCUCAUUUCUUCCCUUUCUGUGUGUUUGCACCAUGGAGAAUGAAUAGGAAGUUCAUUAGCAGAUGCAAGCAAGGUGUCCUGUCUUAUACUGUUAUCAGGAUUCUUACAACAUUAAUUGCAUUUUGUACUGAGCUUGCUGGGAAGUAUGAUGCAGGGAAUUUCAGCUUCAAGUCAGCAUGGUCUUACAUUGUUGUCAUAAACAACUGUUCUCAAGUGUGGGCCUUAUACUGUUUGGUACUUCUCUACAAAGCACUAAAGGAAGAACUUUCACCACUUGAACCCUUUGGCAAAUUCCUCUGUAUCAAACUUGUAGUCUUUGCGUCUUUCUGGCAAGGGGUUCUUAUUGCCAUUCUUGUCAAGAUUGGUGUAAUCUCUGAAAAGAAAACCUGGGUGUUCUACACUGUUGAGGACGUUGCUAAUGGAAUACAGAGUUUUAUCAUUUGCAUCGAGAUGCUGCUUUUUGCCGUCGCCCACUAUUACGUCUUUUCCCAUAAGCCAUACCUCGACACGAGCUCCCCACCCCCUCCCUGCUGCGCAUCGCUUGUCUCCAUGUGCGACGUCACGGACGUGAGGGAUGACGUCGCGGAACACGUCAGGACUGUGGGGAGUACCGUUAGGAGCACUGUUGUUCGUAACAAGAAGGCACCCGUGGGAGAGAAAGACAGGGAAUUUGUGGCUCGUAAUUCGCCGGACGAUUGUGAGAACACUCCAUUGUUAGACUCUGGCGAAACGGCGCACUUUUCCGAAUUGUAGGAAUCAAUGAAACUCCAUACUUUAAUUUGAAAUUAAGAAUAGUGCGAGAUAUUACUUUGAUCAAAGUCUUGUCUGUAA